AUGGUGUUUGGUGAGUUUUUCCAUCGCCCUGGACCAGACGAGGAACUUGUCAACUUGAACGUGGGGGGCUUUAAGCAGUCUGUUGACCAGAGCACCCUCCUGCGCUUCCCUCAUACUCGCCUAGGGAAGCUGCUCACCUGCCACUCCGAAGAGGCCAUCUUGGAGCUGUGUGAUGAUUACAGUGUGGCUGAUAAAGAGUACUAUUUUGAUCGGAACCCUUCCCUGUUCAGAUACGUUUUGAAUUUUUAUUACACAGGGAAGCUGCAUGUCAUGGAGGAGCUGUGUGUGUUCUCCUUCUGUCAGGAGAUUGAGUACUGGGGCAUCAAUGAGCUCUUCAUUGACUCCUGCUGCAGCAACCGUUACCAAGAACGCAAGGAGGAGAACCAUGAGAAGGACUGGGACCAGAAAAGCAAUGACGUGAGUACCGACACCUCCUUUGAAGAAUCCUCUGUGUUUGAGAAAGAGCUGGAGAAGUUUGACCAGCUGCGAUUUGGUCAGCUCCGGAAGAAAAUCUGGAUUCGGAUGGAGAACCCAGCCUACUGCCUGUCUGCCAAGCUGAUCGCCAUCUCCUCCUUGAGUGUGGUGCUGGCCUCCAUCGUGGCCAUGUGUGUCCACAGCAUGUCAGAGUUUCAGAAUGAGGAUGGAGAGGUGGAUGACCCAGUGCUGGAAGGUGUGGAGAUUGCAUGUAUCGCUUGGUUCACUGGGGAGCUUGCUGUCCGGCUGGUCGCUGCUCCCUGUCAAAAAAAAUUCUGGAAGAAUCCUCUGAACAUAAUAGACUUUGUCUCCAUUAUUCCCUUCUAUGCCACGUUGGCAGUAGACACCAAGGAGGAAGAGAGCGAAGACAUUGAGAACAUGGGCAAAGUGGUCCAGAUCCUUAGGCUCAUGCGAAUUUUCCGAAUUCUAAAGCUUGCCCGGCACUCUGUAGGACUUCGGUCUCUAGGGGCCACGCUGAGACAUAGCUACCAUGAAGUUGGGCUGCUGCUUCUCUUCCUGUCUGUGGGCAUCUCCAUCUUCUCUGUGCUCAUCUACUCCGUGGAGAAAGAUGACCACACAUCCAGCCUCACCAGCAUCCCCAUUUGCUGGUGGUGGGCUACUAUCAGCAUGACUACCGUUGGCUAUGGAGACACCCACCCGGUCACCUUGGCCGGGAAGCUCAUUGCCAGCACGUGCAUCAUCUGUGGCAUCUUGGUGGUGGCCCUGCCUAUCACCAUCAUCUUCAACAAGUUUUCCAAGUACUACCAGAAGCAAAAGGACAUUGAUGUAGACCAGUGCAGUGAGGACCCACCAGAGAAGUGUCCUGAGCUACCUUACUUUAACAUUAGGGAUCUUUAUGCACAGCGGGUGCACGCCUUCAUCACCAGUUUGUCUUCUGUGGGCAUUGUGGUGAGCGAUCCUGACUCCACAGAUGCAUCGAGCAUCGAAGACAAUGAGGACGUUUAUAACACUGCAUCCUUGGAGAAUUGCACAGCAAAAUGAGCAGGGAUGUUUGUGCCUGUAUCUUGUGUCCCUUCCCGACAUUAGGUUAACACAGCUUUAUAAACCUUAAUAGGUUCGUUAAAAUCAUUUAAUUCUCAG